AUAAGGAAUCCCAAGAUAAAAAAAAGUCUGGAUGUGGGAGCAAACCUUUUCAUUGGGAACAUUGACCCUGAUGUGGAUGAGAAGAUUCUAUACGAUACUUUCAGGGCAUUUGGAGUCAUUGUUACAAAUCCUAAGAUCAUUAGAGAUCCAGAAUCUGGAAAUUCACGUGGUUUAGGAUUUAUUAGCUAUGAUUCUUUCGAGGCAUUUGAUGUUGCUAGUGAGGCAAUGAAUGGCCAAUAUCUUUGCAACCGUCAAAUUACAGUGUCAUAUGUAAAGGGGAGCGCCAUGGUACUCCAGCAGGUUAGACUUUUAAGUUGUCGUUUGGACAUUUGGACAGGAAGUUGCAAACCACUAGAUGCAACUUUACAGGCUGGACACCUUGGCUGCGCAGUGGCUUCAGCUAUCUUCGGGUGGUGGUUACCAAGUGGGGGUACAGAUGGGCUUGCCUUACUUUGUACCCCUUUAUCUUUUUUAACCGUCUUGUGCGGCCUUUUGAGAGGAUCGGAUAUAGAAAAGGCAAUUUUGACAAAGGCUUCAACUUUAGCAAUAGUCAAGGAUGAAAAUGGGCGUAUAGCAUUGGAACAGUUCGCAAGGAAAUCUUUUUCAAUUAGCAGUGGAAGUCAAAUGCCAGUAUGGGAAAGAUGCAUAGGCUCCUGUUUUAAGGGGGUCUAUCACAAAGCAUUGAUGCGGAAGUUAGCCUAUCAAUUAAUUAAAGACAUUUGGAAAAAGAUUCGAAAGUUGCCGCUGAAGCAAUUUCAGAAAUAUUCAUCUAUAAUUUUUCUUACUGCAGAGUUGGGGAAUGUUGAAUUUCUAACUAUACUUAUACACUUUGAUCCUGACUUCAUAUAGAUGGUUGAUGAAAAAAAACGAAAUAUAUUUCACAUUUCUAUUUGAUAUCGGCAAGAUAGGAUAUUCAACCUAAUACAUGAGACAUGCGUUUUUAAGGAUAUGAUUACAACCAAUUGUGACAAAAAGGGGAACAACAUGCUGCACUUAGCUGGAAAAUUACCUCAUGUGGAUAAGCUAAAUAUCGUAUUAGGUGCAUCCCUUCAUAUGUAAGGGGAGUAUUAUAGUUUAAGGUGUGUUAAAAUUAUUGUAGCUUUCUUUAUUCUAAUUCCAUAUAUAUUGGUUACAAUUUUAUAGUUCAAUUUAUACAUCCAUCAUUGUAGGAGGUUGAAAAGAUUGUACAAACACCAAAGGAUUUAUUUACAAAAACACAUGAAAAGUUACAUAGAGAUGUUGAAUAGUGGAUGAGGGGCGUUGCAUGCUUGUGGCAAUGUUGAUUGCCACUGUGGUUUUCGCUGCAACCUUCACUAGAGCAGGUGGCAAUGAUCAAGGAAAGGGAACUCCUAUCUUUCUCGAACGUAAUCGGUUUUUGGUAUUCUUCAUAUUAGAUUUAAUAUCAUUGUUAUCCUCUUUAAUUUUGAUAUUAAUUUUCUUGUUAAUUCUCACAUCUCGCUACAUAGAAAAUGAUUUUCUCAGUUCAUUACUUAGAAGGUGUUUGGACUAACUGCGCUCUUCAUUUUCGUAGUAGGCAUGGUUGUUGCCCUUGGUGCAACUUGUUUUUUGGUCUAUCAACGCAAAAUGACAAAGGUUCUAACUGUUAUAAUUGUUUUAGUUGCUAUUCAGAUUUCCUUUUAUGUUUUGCUACAUUAUGUACUUUUGGUCGACAUAAUCAGCUCAACAUAUUUGUCUAGAUUUUUUUUUCGGUCCGGAAAGUCUAUGUUUUGUUAGAAAGUGAAAGAUGACUUCUGACAAUUCCUUGAUUGCCUCGUACAAUUCUUUCUACAAACCAAUUGUUGGAGUGGACAUCUGAAAUUGAUCUUAUAAGAUGUUAUAAAAUGUCCUCUCCCAUAAUUGUUUUGUAGAAAGAAUUGUCAGAGGCAAUCAAGGGAUUGUUAGAGGCCAUCUUUCACUUUCUAAUAAAACUUACGUUUAUGAGACCGAAAAAGAAAUCUAGACAAGUAUGUUGAGCUGAUUAUAUCGAUCAAAAGUUCAUAAUGUAGCAGAACAUAAGAGGAAAUUGGAACAGCAGCUAAAACAAUUAUAACAGUUAGAACCUUUGUCAUUUUGCGUUGAUAGACCAAAAAGCAAGUUGCACCAAAGGCUACAACCAUGCCUACUAUGGAGAUUGAGAGCGUAGUAAGUCCAAAUAUUAAUCUUCUAGGUAAUAAAUUGAGAAAAAAAAUUUCUAUGUAACGAGAUGUGAGAAUCGACAAGAAAAUUAAUAUCAAAGUUGAAGAGGAUAACAAUGCUAUUGAAUCUGAUAUGAAGAAUACCAAAAACCAAUUACAUUUGAGAAAGAUAAGAGUUCCCUUUCCUUGAUCAUUUGCCACCUGGUAUAGUGAAGGUUGCAGUGAAAACCACAGUGACAAUCAGCAUUGCCACAAGUAUGCAUUGCGGUGCCCCUCAUUUACUAUUCACCAUCUUUUUGUAACUUUUCAUGUGUUUUUGUAAAUAAAUCCUUUGGUGGAAUUGUUUGCCUUCAAGAAUUCAAGGGGUACAAUCUUUUCAUCCUCCUACAAUAAUGGAUGUGUAAAUUGAACUGUAAAAUUGUGACCAAUAUUUAUGUAAUUAGAAUCAAGGAAGCUGCAAUUUUCACACACCUUAAACCAUGAAUACUCCCUUUGCAUACGAAGAGAUGCACCCAAUAUGAUAUUUAGCCUAUCCACAGGAGGCAAUUUUCUAGCUAAGGGCAGCAUGUUGUUCCCCUUUUUGUCAAUUGAUUGCAAUCAUAUCUUUAAGAACGCUUAUUUCAUGUAUUAAGUUGAAUAUACUCUCUUGCCGAUAUCGAAUAGAAAUGUAGAAUAUAUUUUGUAUUUUUUCAUCAACCAUCCAUAUAAGGUUAGGAUCAGAGCGUAGAAGUGAUUCUCUUAUACGCUCUCUUUACUCUUUAUUUUUUUAAUUUUUUAUUAUUAUUGUUAUUGAUUUAUUUUGCAUAUUUAGAUUUUUUUUUCUUCUUCUUCUUUUUAGGGUAUUUAAGAUUGUGAAUUUUUAGAUAUUUCUAGACAAAAUAAAAAAACAGAAAAAAGACAUUUUAAACAGCUUUAUUCUACUUAAUUUUAGAUUAUAUUACUUAAUAAUAUUGCGUGUUUUUCAA